AUGUCGCGGCACGCGCCUCCUGGUGCUCGCCGUUCCGACGCGCGUUUCGCCGGACGACUUUGUUCGCUUCUGCGGCCCCUACCUCGAGCGUGCCUCCGACAUUCGUUUCAUCAGGUCAGUUACCGCCUUAAAAACAAAUGGCAACAUGCCCUGUUUAGUGAGGAAUUUACUUACACAUGCUGUUCGAACGGUAGGGAUGAUGGAGUGGAGGACCGGUACAGCGUCCUUGUGGAGUUUGAGGACCAGAAUAGCGCUGAAAGGUUCUACGCGGAUCUCAAUGGCUGGAGGUUCUCAACCUCUGAGCGAGAGGUGUGCCAUGUUCUGUUUAUAGCUGCUGUGCAGUAUACACCUUCCUCAGAGGUUGCCACAACUCCACCGGCUGGAUCCACUGAACUUCCAAUGUGUCCUGUUUGCAUUGAAAGAUUGGAUCAAGACAUCAGUGGGAUUUUGGCAACUACUUGUGAUCACUCUUUCCAAUGCUCAUGUGUUUCAGUGUGGGCCAAUUCAUCCUGUCCGGUAUGCCAGUUUUGUCAGAAACAGUCUGAAAAUUCUACAUGUUCUGUUUGCCAAACCACUGGAAACCUCUGGAUAUGUGUGAUAUGUGGUUUUGUUGGAUGUGGAAGGUAUAAAGAAGGCCAUGCGAAACAGCACUGGAAAGACACUCAGCAUUGCUAUUCACUAGAUUUGGAAACACAGCGUGUUUGGGACUAUGUUGGUGACAGUUUUGUACAUCGGCUGAAUCAAUCCAAGAGUGAUGCAAAGCAUGCUAAGUUCAAAUCAAAAUGUAAGUAUUCUGGGGAUGACUGUGUAAACUGCUCGUGCAAUGAUGACUCUGACAUGGGUGGAGCUAUGUUCAACAGCAAAGCUGAAACAAUUGUGGAUGAGUACAAUCGCCUCCUGGCAAGUCAACUUGAAACUCAGAGAGAGUAUUAUGAGGGUCUGUUGUCUGAGGCUAAAAGAAACAAGGAGCACCAGAUUUCUGAAGCUGUUGAUAAAGCUGUAAAUGAUAAGCUUCAAGAGAUGCAACUUAAGCUUGAGAACCUUAUUGUGGAGAAAACGAAAAUUGCAGAUAUGAACGAAAAACUAACUAGGAGCCAAGACAUGUGGCGUCAGACACUAAGAGAUAUAGAGGAAAGGAAAAGAGCACAGUUGAAGUCCAAGGACGAAAUGAUUCUCGAUCUGGAAGAACAGAUAAAGGAUUUCAAAUUUUCCAUCAAGCUGCAGAAGUCAAUAGAGAAGAACGACGGUGUCAAGGGUGGUACGCUGGUUCCACUCCCUACAGUUUCAGAUUCUGGAGGCAAGGGUAAAAGGUCAUCAAGAACAAGCAAGAGGAGGAAUUAG